GCGUGUGUGCCGUGCCGUUGCGUUCCGUUCCGUUGCGUGCUUGUGUUUGGAGCCUCGCCUCUGCCGUCUCCUCUCUUUCUGUGGAUACGCCAGAAGGCGCGGCACGGCGACUGCAUACUCCACGUGACAGCUAUGUCUGGAGAACCCGAGGAUACGAAAGAGCAAACCCAAAGGAAUGAUACAGAUAUAGGCCUCCAAGAUGUGCACCUCUCUGAUCCGAACGAGACUGUGUACAUGAUCUGUGGUGUGCUAAUUGCCAUGGUCCUGGUGGCACUCAUCAUCGUGCUGCUAGCUCUGACCAUCAGCAAACUGCGGAAGAGAGAUGACAACCAGAGCCCGCCGCCGCGGCAUCCUGUGGGCGUCGCAGCAGCAGCAGCAGCAGCAGCGACGACGACGACGACAACGACGACGCAGAUAACAGCUGUGAAUCACCUCAACUGCCAAUCUGUCGCUACGGUGUCUGCCCAGGUGACAACUACCAUCCUGCCGCCACCCGAGGCCUGCCCUGGGAGCACAGCAACGACAACAGUCUACCCUCCGCAGUUUCUGUGGCAAUUUCCACCACCCUACUCGCUGUACAGCAACAACCAGGACCCGCUCGUACACACCCUCCCUGCUGGUCAACCCGGAAUCUGCAGAGGAUUUAGGAAAAACCUGAGAGGCAGAUGGAGACGCCUUGUGAAGAGGAAACCUGCCAAUGAAGUGUACACAAUACCUGCAGAACUUCGGGACCAGUUGAAACAAAUCUAUGUAUAUUAAUACUAUUAGAUAUAUAAUGGACUGCAAAGUGCAGGUUUCUGGCGCUUAGCUGUGUCUGCAUCUCAGUGCGAACGAAGCUUUUUUAGUCAUGUUCAAAUACUGUGCAAAUGUCAAACCAAAAAGACAGUUGAGUCUGUUGUACUACAUACCAAUAUGGCCUUUCAAACCAUGAUAUUAUGAAACUGUAAAUAUGUGAUAUGUUUGUAAAGUAUUAUUCUGCCCACUUGUCUGAACUGUGAACUGCAUAUUCAGUUGGUGUGGCAGGAAAUCAUUGACUGUCAGCUCAUAUUGAGCUUGUUUAUCCUGAUUACAAUGGACUGCAGAAAGUGUUUACUUGUAAAUCAAGAUUGUCGCAUUUAUUGUCUGAAGUAUUUCAUAGCUGUUUAAUUCCAAAAUAUUUUCUAUUAAAUGCCUUGUUGCAUUUUAGAAAUUAAUGGCAAUGUCAGUUGUGAUUUCUCUCAGGGACAGUUGUACCUUUCUAAACUUUGUUGAAAGUGCUGAAAAUCCCUGAUAAGAAUAGGAAUCCAUUCUUCCCAUGCCAACUGACCACUAAGUUAUUAUAGUCAAUAAACUGUAAAUAGUAAGGACUAAGUUAAAUUUUAAUUUAAAAUAGACAUGGUGACAGUGUCUGCCAAAAUGUGAACUAAAACUGUUUUGUGAUAAAGAAUGGCAAAUGUUAUCAAAUAGAUGGAACUUGUUCAGUAUUCUAUGGCAGUAUAUACACCAGUUUUAAAAUUUAGAUCUGUCCUAUAUUGAACAUCAUUUGAAAUUUAUGAUCUGAGUCAUUCAUGUCAACCAUUCCAUCCAUCAAUGAGAAUAAAUAAAAUGUUAAUAUUG